AUGACUCUCGUUCUGGGCGUGUUCCGAACGCCCGCAAGCCAAGACUCUAUACAGCCAAAGGAUGUCUCUAUCAUCGGAAACACCUUGCAUUGCGAGGACCUUCACUAUCAUGAAGCAAGCAAGCUGCUCUUUACUGCUUGCGAAGAUGUGGAAUCUACCCGAUAUUCGUGGUUUCCACCUCUUGCCAACUUCAAUAAUCCGACAGCUGCCUCCAAGGCUCGAGGCAAUAUCCGGAUCAUUGACCCAAGAACUUUAAAGGCCAGGGCCUUGCACUUUGAAAAUUUCGAACCGCCCUUCGUUACACACGGCAUCGAUAUAAUCGACGAUCCUAGUAGACGGAAGGGUGAGGCUGUCUACGUUUUCGCGGUCAACCAUAAGCCAAGCCGUGAGCACUUCCAAAAAGCCAACGCUAGUGCGCCCAAGAGUUAUUCGGUGGUCGAAGUCUUUCACUACGUCAUCGGAUCCGACACGGUCCGACACGUUCGUUCAGUCUGGGAUCCGCUCAUAGCAACGCCCAAUGACAUUUUGGCCCUAUCACCGACAUCCUUCUUCGUGACAAACGACCACUACUACAGGGACGGAUGGUUAAGGAUGCUUGAAGAUCUCUACUACGAAGCAAAGUGGUCUACUACGCUCUACGUCGAGUUUUCUGCCAGCGCCGGUAGUCCGACGGACGACAGCUACAAUGUCAAGGCCUCGGUUGCCCUUGCCGGUUUGCAUAACAAUAACGGCCUUGGCCACGGGAAAACGUCACAGGACGUGUUGUUGGGGAGCGCGGCGAGCGGGGUGCUACAUCUAGGUACAUUUGAAGGCAUGGACUCGAACAGCACAGCCCGCCGGAUCGACGUCGUUGAAUCGAUUGAAUUGGACUCCACCUUGACAACCCGAGCUACUUUUCGGACCCCUUCGCGAAUGCACAUUUGA